UGUGCGUGCGUACGUAAAUAUAUAUUUACAUAAAUACACUUACACGUAUACAUAUAUGUGUUUUGAAACAGUUUUAUUGUGUCUGUGACGAGAAACUCAGCCACAGGUGGGAUGCGUAAUUUGUAAAUUCUGUUCCUUAGAGGUUUCCAUAGCUGUAAUGAAGCCCAAACACUUGCUCUCUCAGACAUUCACAUAGAGAAAGAAGGAAAAGAAGAAAAAAACAGAGAGAGAAGGGGAGGAUCCGUUAUCGCUCCCCUGUCACAACAGCCAGCACUCUCGGCAAUAUCUUAUCUGGGAUUCCGUUCUCUGGUUUACUGCUGAAUACCAAUUUAGCGAACGGAAACUGUUUGACCAAUUGGCAGAAUAUUUGGAAAUUCUCCUUCUGGUGUUGUGACCAAAUUAAUUAUUGUGUGUGAAAGCCAAAUCUUCAAGUGAAAGGGCAAUUGAUUGAAAAAGUUUCUUAAAGAAAUCAUGAAGACGAAUAUCAACAUUGAUGUUUUCCAGUGUGGAAUAUGCCAAAAAUACUUUUCCGACAGCAAUAGCUUAAAGGUUCACAUGGAAGUGCACCCGGUCAAGAAACUGUACUUUUGUGAUGUAUGUGGCAUAUCCUGUGUUGAAGAAUAUCUCUUGAAUAACCACAUGAAAAUUCACACAGGAGAAAGACCGUAUAUUUGUGAUAUAUGUGGUAAAGAUUUUGUGAAAAAAUCUCAGUUGAAGAAACAUUCAGAAAUACACAGCAGUGACAGCCUCUUUCACUGUGAUAUUUGUGGCAAGAAUUUUGUCCAUGCAUCUUCUUUAAAGAAGCACAUACGAGUGCAUACUGGAGAAAAACCGUUCCAGUGUAAUGAGUGUGGGAAAGAAUUUGUGCAGAAUUGUCAUUUGAAACAGCACCAGAGACUUCAUACUGGUGAGAAACCAUUUCAUUGUGAAUUUUGUGGCAAAGACUUUGUACGAGGUUCUGAUUUUAAGAUCCAUACUCGAAGACAUACUGGAGAAAAACCAUUCAUUUGUAAUAUAUGUGGGAAAGAUUUUGUUGAUGGAUCUUCAUUGAGAAGUCACAUACGAAUUCACACUGGGGAGCGACCAUAUCAUUGUGAGAUAUGUGGUAAGGAUUUUGUAAUUUCCUCUUCGUUAAAGAAACAUAUAAAAACUCAUACUGGAGAGAAAUUUCACUAUUGUAAAAUAUGCAGAAAGAAAUUUGUUCAAGCGUAUUCUUUGAAAAUCCACAUGAAAGUUCACACUGGCGAAAGUGCAUUUAAAUGUGAAGUGUGUGGGAAAGAUUUUCAGGAAAGUUAUGAUCUGAAAAUGCAUAUGAAAAUUCACACUGGUGAGAAAACUUUCCACUGCGAUACUUGUGCUAAGGACUUCUUGCACGAGUUCUCGUUUAAGAGCCACAUGAAAAAACACGAAGGAGAAAAACCAGUUGAAAGUGAGAUGCGUGUAAGUGAUUUUUACCAAAUGUCCAACUUAGCGAAUCAUAUGAGUAAAUAUACGAAGACUAAGAUUUUCCAUUGUGAAAUAUGUAGGGACGAUUUUAUGGAAGAAUCUAGCUUGGCAAAGCACAUAAAGAUCCAUACAGAUGAAAAGCCAUUUCAAUGUAAUUUAUGUGGAAAUGACUGUGUUGAAGCAUCUAUUUUGAAAAUUCAUAUCCAAGGCCACUUGGAAGAUAAACCUCUCAUUUGUAAAACCUGUGGAGAUGAGUUCCUCUUUGAAUGUGACUUAGAAAAACAUGUUGAAAUGCAUGUAUGAGCCUCAAAAGUAUCAUUCUGGAGUGUUAUGUAAAGUUAUCUUUCAGAAUCAGUCUUUUUUAUGUUAAAAUCUUUGGAACUUUUGGAGACUCAACACCACCAGACACUGGACCAGCAAGAAACACUUUCAGUGCACUUAACCAACAUAACUAAGUGAUGUUGGCUUUGAAGAUGACAAAAAGCAAAAUGCUGAGAGAUAUUUAUUGUUGGUAUCAAGAACAUGUUGGGGAUCAAAUUCCCUCUUUUAUUAAUUUCAUAUAGCAUGUCACUUUAUCAGAGUUGUUUCAUUCUGGGCAUUAUUGUCAUGGGAAAAUUAAACAGAAAUGUAGGUUGUGAUGAUGAUCAUGAUGAUAAGUGGGAAGGUGUUAAAGGGUUGAUAAUUGUCAUUAUUUGGUCCCAGGAUGAACCUGAUUAAGCAGAUUUAUGAGACAUUCAAGUUGUUACCUUCCUGUAUUUUUUCUAGGCACAGUACACUUAGUCACACAUUAUCUAAUGUGCCCUUCUAUUCUAAGAUUGUAAGGCAUGAUUUAAGAAAGAUAUGGUUGCUAAUUUUGGCAAGUCAAAUUACUGCAUAGAUUUUCCCUUGUUUUUAUAAGACAUAUAUAUCUAGAUGCAGGUAUACACACACACAAACAUUAUCAGCAUCAUCAUGAUGUUUGUAUGUGUAUAUUUUUAUAUAUACAUAAAUAUACACAUACACACACACAC